AUGACCAAGGACGACGACACCAAGGCGGCUGCCGCAAAGGCACCGGCGUCCAAGGCACCCGUGCACGAUGCCAAGAAAGCGGCCCCUGAGGAGGAGCUCAACGAAGAGGACCAGCAGCUCAAGGACGAGCUCGAGCUGUUGGUGGAGCUGCUCUUGGACCCGCUGGCGACGGCGAACCUGGCGGCGCUGGCGACGAUUGACAAGUUGAAAAAGCUCAUCCAGGAGCUGACGACACUGAUGACGGCUGUCCCUAAACCCCUCAAGUUUUUGCGCCCGUUCUACCCGCAAUUGAUCGAGGUCUACGACAAGUGGGCCGCCUCCGACGCCAAGGACGCGGUUGUGGUGAGCUUGGCCGACAUGUUGUCGGUGAUUGCCACCACUUACUCCGAAGGCCACGACUCGCUCAAGUACCGGCUUUUGAGUAAUUUGGACGAUAUCGCUACCUGGGGCCACGAAUACAUGCGCCACUUAGCCCUUGAAAUCGGCGAAUCUUAUCAAGAAAUGCUUGGCGACGACGAGUACAUCAACCGCUUGGUCCACUUGGGUCUCGAGAUUGUCCCGUUCUUCUUAAAACACAACGCUGAGGCCGAUGCCGUCGACUUGUUGCUUGAGCUUGAAGUGAUUGACAAGUUGCCUCAAUUCGUCGACGAGUCCACCUUCUCGAGAGUGUGUUUGUACAUGGUGCUGUGCGUGCCUCUCCUCUCACCUCCCGACGAUAAGGCGUUCUUGAACACCGCCUACCAGAUCUACUUGGCCCACAAGCAAUGGACUCAGGCGAUCACCCUCGCCAUCAAAUUGGGCGACCACGAUAAGAUGCGCGAGGUGUUUGACUCGACCAAGGACGAGAACGUCCACCGCCAGUUGGGGUUCAUUUUGUCACAGGAAAACAUCCACUAUUUCCACUACCACGGUGAGCUGGCCGAAGUCUCCGAAGCCAUCGCCAACACCAAAUUGACCGAAUACUACCACUACUUGGUCAAAGAACUCAAUCUCUUGGACCCUAAGGUCCCCGAAGACAUCUACAAGCUGCACCUUGAGAACAACAAGUUUGGCCUCGCGGCGCUGGGCACCAUCGACCUGGCCAAGCAAAACUUAGCGGCUGCCUUCGUUAACAUGUUCAUCAACUUGGGCUAUGGUAGCGAUAAGUUGGUGCAGACUGAAGAGGACAACAAGCUGUGGAUCUACAAGACUAAAGGUGCGGGCAUGGUGUCGACCACCGCCCUGCUUGGUGCCAUCUACCAAUGGAACAUCCAGGAAGGUUUGCAAGUGCUUGACAAAUACACCUACUCGCUGGAACCGGAGAUCAAGGCCGGCGCCUUGCUUGGUACUGGGGUGGUGCUGACCAACGUCCACGACGAAGUUGACGCCGCCUACGCCCUUUUGCAAGAAUACGUCAACGACCCGAACAAGUUGUUGCAGUCGCUGGCCAUCAUUGGGUUAGGGAUUGCCUUCGCCGGCCUGGCCAAUGAAGACGUGUUGCAAUUGCUUUUGCCAUUAGUCAGCGACACCGAUAUCAACUUUGAGAUUCUGUCGUUGGCGGCGUUGGCCUUAGGUCACACUUUCGUCGGAUCGUGCCACGGUGACAUUACGCUGACGAUCUUGCAAACAUUGUUGGAGCGUGAUCUGAGCCAGCUUAAUAACAAGUUCUUCAAGCUUUUGGCGUUGGGGUUGGGGCUUCUCUACAUGGGCACCAACGCCGACCUGGUGGAAGACGUGUUGGAAACCAUCGACGCCAUCGAACACCCGAUCGCCAAAACCUUAAAGGUGUUGGUAAACAUCUGUGCUUACGCCGGUACCGGUAACGUGUUGCAGAUCCAGACGUUGUUGCAAAUGUGCACCGCUAAGCCUAAGCGGGAGAAGGAAGCCAAGGAGGACAAGGAAGAGGUUGACCCUAAGGGAGAAGUCCAGGACAAAGACGGCGACAUUGUUAUGCAAGACGCUCCCGCCGCCACCGCUCCCACUGACGCCAUGGACGUCGAACCGGAAACCACCGAGGCUGCUGAAGCUAAAGACGCUCUCGAUGGCGGCGAAGGUGAAGGCGACGACGAUGUUGCUGAUGACGCUACUGAUGACGAAGACGACGAAGAGCUCUACCAGGGUAUUGCCGUGCUCGGGUUGGCGCUUAUUGCCAUGGGCGAGGACAUCGGCCAGGACAUGGUGUUGCGUCACUUCUCCCACCUUAUGCACUACGGCAACUCGCUCAUCAAGCGCACGGUGCCGUUGGCGAUGGGGCUCGUGCUGGCGCUGAACCCGCAAAUGAAGGUGUUUGACACGCUUUCGCGUUACUCGCACGACCCCGACUUGGAGGUGGCGCAAAACGCCAUCUACUCGAUGGGGUUGGUCGGGGCCGGGACCAACAAUGCCCGGUUGGCGCAGUUGUUGCGCCAGCUUGCCAGCUACUACAUCAAGCUGCCAGACUCGUUGUUCAUGGUGCGGAUAGCCCAAGGGUUGUUGCACAUGGGUAAGGGUGUACUUACCCUCAACCCGUUCAACGCCGAGCGGCUGAUCUUGUCGAAGUUGUCGUUGGCGUCGUUGCUCACGUUGCUGGUGACGUUGUUGGACCCGAAGCUGUUUGUGUUGCUGGAACUGCAGGGCUCGGUGCUGCACCAGAUGUUGUACUUCUUGUGCCCCGCGAUCAAGCCGCGGAUGUUAAUCACUGUCGACGAAGACUUACAGCCGAUUAAGGUCAACGUGAGAGUGGGUCAGCUGGUGGACGUCGUCGGUCAAGCCGGUAAGCCUAAGACGAUUACCGGGUGGGUCACUCAGCUGACGCCGGUGUUGUUGAACUACGGCGAACGGGCCGAGUUGGAAAAUGACGAGUAUAUCAGUUUGAGUCACUCGUUGGAAGGCGUGGUGAUCUUGUUGAAGAACCCCGACAGCGAAGAAGCCGCCUAG